GCGAUGACUUGGCUUAUCUUGGAACACAGCCCUGGUGCUUCAUGCCACUCUGGAUACAUGGAGGAUUUGCUCAGCCGUCCGAACCACUCGUGAGGAGACUGAGCUUGGUAAAAACGCCGGGGAAGACGGGCAAGAAUUCAUGGUUUAUGUUCGGAACCCGGCCAACGUGGAGAAUUGUGCUCCAGACAAGGCGGUCAGACAGGACCUAAUCGAAAUCGCCAACAUCAGAAUCAGCGUCGAGGUCCUCCCCUGUGGACAGAAGGUGAAGACGGAGGCGGGAGACGGCAUCAGGGUCUUGUACGGGGCCUGCAUGGGGGCGGCGUGAACGACCG